AUGUCGUUUGCAUUUGGCUUCGGCGGAGACGACAUUGAAGCUGAAGAUGAAGAAGAGGUUCAAGGACAAGACCCUGGGCAUCUCUCGAGGGAAAUGUCAAAAUAUACUAUCUCAGAUCCCGAUCCGGAGAGACCUCCUAUCGCUGUCGUCGAGCCGAAGAGACAUUCUUUAGAAGACUUGUUAGCCACGCUCCCGUCCCAAAUCUCAUACAACACCCUAUCCAUCUCAUGCCCUUUGUCCGCGCAAACGCCACACGUCAAUCCGGGAGCAAGUCCACCAUCAAAUUACAAGACUGGUCUCAGUACCAUCACCCAAAACGCUAAUGAGACUAUCCACAUCCCACGCCGCUUAUUAUUCGACAUCCGCGCCCAGCUCAUGGCGGAAACAGACCCUGAACAUGACCCCGAAGGCUCAAGUCACGGUCACGAUCAAUUCUCCACACUUCUCUCUGGCCUCGAAAACGGCGAUUUGACUGCUGGCUUUUACGAAGGCGGCUUCAAAACGUGGGAAUGCGCACUUGAUCUCGCUUCCCUCCUCGUCGUUCCCAUCCAAGAUCUAGGUAUUUGUGACAACUGUGACUGGGAAAUCGUCGAGCUGGGCGCAGGAAGUGCUGUGCCGAGCUUGACGCUUUUACAAGCCUUUCUCAUUGCCACUACCACAGCAAAGUGGAGACAGGCAGGACAUGGAGAUGGAAAUGAUGAGCAUGGUAACCUGAAUCUCACACUAUGCGACUACAACGAAGACGUGUUACGAUUAUGCACCGCUCCGAAUGUAUUGUUGAAUUAUUUGAAGUUCAUGAAGUAUAUGCGCGGUACUAAGCGCGAACACAGAGACACAGAACACAAUAAACAUGACAAGCGCGCUGUCGAAGGCAAAGACGACGACGACGACGACGACGACGAGCAGCAAGAAGAUGAAGGAGAGAUUGAAGGAGAACUUGAAGGAGAAGGAGAUCUUGACUUCGACGACAUGCCCGAGACGCUCCUCGAAGACAUGACAGAGGACAUGCGUGCUCGCAAUAUCUCCAUAGAUUUCAUCUCUGGAGGCUGGGGCGAGGCGUUCGUCCAGCUCAUCCCACAACUACCACCAACGUUGAUGGCCACAGAGAACCAAAAACCUACGAACCUCUUAAUCCUCGCCUCGGAAACCAUAUACUCGCCAUCAUCCACCGGAAUCUUCGCUGAGACGUUGGUCAGCUUGCUCAAAAAACAUCCCAAUGUCCAAGGAAAUAGUGCCAGGGCAUGGGUCGCCGCGAAGAAAGUCUACUUCGGCGUCGGGGGCGGAGUAGAUGAAUUUGUCAAGGAGAUUGAGAGGCGUGGUGCGAGGAGUAGAAUUUUAAUGGAGACCAGGGAUACGGGUGUGGGGAGGGUGGUUUUGGAUGUCACGGUCUAA